CCCCCAUUGGUCCUCAAAACUAAGGUUGAAUUCUCUGAUUAGGAAUAUCAAAUAUGGCAACAAUAAGUGCCUUAGUGGUGAUGACCAUAAUGGUGUCCUUCACUUGUGUAGCAAGUGCACUAGGUGUGGAUUACUAUGAACACACAUGUCCUCAGGUAGAGUCCAUUGUUUCGGGUGCUGUGUAUAAAGCAGCCAUGAAUGAUAUAACUGUCCCGGCUGCUCUACUUCGGAUGCAUUUUCAUGAUUGCUUCAUAAGGGGGUGUGAUGGGUCUGUUCUACUGGAAUCAAAAGGAAAUAAUAAAGCAGAAAAGGAUGGACCACCCAACAUCUCAUUGCAUGCAUUCUAUGUCAUUGAUAACGCCAAGAAAGCAAUUGAAGCCGUAUGUCCCGGAGUCGUAUCUUGUGCUGAUAUUUUGGCUCUGGCCGCAAGGGAUGCUGUUCAUCUGUCUGGAGGACCGUAUUGGGAAGUGCCUAAAGGAAGAAAAGAUGGAAGGAUAUCAAAGGCCAUUGAAACAAGACAGUUGCCAGCUCCAACCUUCAAUAUAUCCCAAUUACAACAAAGCUUCUCUCAGAGAGGCCUUUCCUUGGAAGAUCUUGUAGCCCUCUCAGGUGGCCACACCCUGGGUUUUGCUCACUGCUCCUCUUUCCAAAACAGGAUUCACAACUUCAGCCCCAACAAAGACAUUGACCCUUCCUUGAACCCAUCAUUUGCCACCAACCUCAGAACCAUAUGUCCCUUUCACAACAAGGCAAAUAAUGCAGGUUCCCCAUUGGACUCAACCAACACCGUCUUUGACAACGCUUAUUACAAGCACGCAUUCGUCAAGUCCAUGAUCAAAAUGAGCAGCAUCACAGGUGCUGGACAAGAAAUCAGGCUCCAUUGUAAACACGUUAGAUGAUCCUGUAUUUGUAUGUCUUAUGGUUUCUUAAGAAAUUGAAGACACGAGGGAGACACAAUAAUUGCUAUAGCUUUUCAUAAUGAAGGUUUGUGAAUAUUGUUAAAACAAUAAUCAUAGUGCUUAAGCUGUAUACAUUGAAGUGAAAGUUAAGGUGGUGAAUAACUUACAAGUUUGAGAUUAUAUUUGUUUA